AUGGAGCUGCUGCUCUUGCUCACCGUGCUUCUCUUUGCGCACGCGGUGACCUACCUGGCCUGGGCGGCCGCCGUCCGGCGCCGGCAGUCGCGGUGCUACCUCCUGGACUACGUGUGCUACAAGCCGUCGGACGACCGCAAGGUGACGACGGAGAUGGCCGGCGCGCUGAUCGAGCGCAACCCGCGCCUCGGGCUUUCCGAGUACCGCUUCCUCCUCCGGGUCAUCGUCGGCUCCGGCAUCGGCGAGGAGACCUACUCCCCGCGCAACAUCGUGGACAGCCGGGAGGACGCGCCGACGCACCAGGACGCGGUGGAGGAGAUGGACGCCUUCAUCGACGACGCCAUCGCGGACCUCUUCGGCAAGAGCGGCGGCUUGAUCAAGCCCCGGGACGUGGACGUGCUGGUGGUGAACGUGUCCAUGUUCUCCCCGGCGCCGUCGAUCGCGUCCCGGAUCGUGCGCCGGUACGGCAUGCGGGAGGACGUGGCCGCGUACAACCUGUCCGGCAUGGGGUGCAGCGCCGGGCUGGUGUCGCUGGACCUGGCGCGCAACGCGCUGCGCACGCGGCGGAACGCGACGGCGUUGGUGGUGUCGACGGAGUCCAUCGCGCCCAACUGGUACCCCGGCACGGACAAGUCGAUGAUGCUUGGCAACAUGCUGUUCCGGUGCGGCGGGUCGGCCGUGCUGCUCACCAACGACCCGGCGCUGCGCGGGCGGGCCAAGAUGGAGCUCCGCUGCCUGGUGCGCUCCAACAUCGCCGCCAACGACGACGCGCACGCGUGCGCGCUGCAGCGGGAGGACGCGGACGGGCGCGUGGGGAUCAGCCUGAGCAAGGCGCUCCCAAAGGCCGCCGUGAGGGCCUUCACCGUGAACCUGCGGACGCUGGCGCCGCGCAUCCUCCCGGUGACCGAGCUCGCGCGGUUCGCCGCCGGCCUCAUGCUGAGGAAGCUCUCCUCCUCCUCGCGCAAGCACGGCGGGAAAAGCGAGGGACCGAAGAUCAACUUCAAGUCGGGCGUGGAGCACUUCUGCCUCCACCCGGGUGGCACGGCGGUGAUCGAGGCGGUGAAGCGGAGCCUGGGGCUGGACGACGGCGACGUGGAGCCGGCGCGGAUGACGCUGCACCGGUGGGGGAACACGUCGGCGAGCAGCCUGUGGUACGUGCUCUCGUACAUGGAGGCAAAGGGGAGGCUGAGGCGAGGGGACAGGGUGCUCAUGGUCACCUUCGGCUCCGGGUUCAAGUGCAACAGCUGCAUGUGGGAGGUGAAGGGCGACAUGGCCGACAAGGGCGCGUGGGCUGACUGCGUCGACGACUACCCGCCGGCCAACACCGCCAACCCCUACAUGGACAAAUUCGGGUGGCUCAACGACGUCGAGGGCGACACCGUCAUGCUUUAA